CCCAACCCCCUCCCCGCUGGGUGACAGGCCCGGUUGGCCUCGUCUGGGUCUCUAGUAGUUUCCGUGCCGCUGACGCAUGCUUGCGUGCACAGCUGGGUCGGGCGCGUCCUACGCAGCAGCCGCGAGCCGGGGCGGCCGGUGCCAGACGGUUCCGGCGGGGGGCAGGGGCGGGGCGCUGCAGGAGGCCAGGGACUCCCGACCGAGGAGCCCCACGGAGGCCCAUCUGACUCCUGACGAGUUGCCAUGGCAUCCUACUACGACAUCCUAGACGUGCCGCGAAGUGCGUCCGCUGAUGACAUCAAGAAGGCGUAUCGGCGGAAGGCUCUUCAGUGGCACCCAGACAAGAACCCGGAUAAUAAAGAAUUUGCUGAGAGAAAGUUCAAGGAGGUGGCGGAGGCCUAUGAAGUGCUGUCAGACAAGCACAAGCGAGAGAUCUACGACCGCUAUGGCCGGGAGGGGCUGACUGGGGCUGGAACUGGCCCAUCCCGCGCAGAACCUGGUGGUGGUGGGCCGGGCUUCACCUUCACCUUCCGCAGCCCUGAGGAGGUCUUCCGGGAGUUCUUUGGGAGUGGAGACCCUUUUGCGGAGCUCUUUGACGACCUGGGCCCCUUCUCCGAGCUUCAGAGCCGGGGUUCCCGACACUCGGGCCCCUUCUUCACCUUCUCUUCCUCCUUCCCUGGGCACUCUGAUUUCUCCUCCUCCUCUUUCUCCUUCAGUCCCGGGGCUGGUGCUUUUCGCUCUGUUUCUACGUCCACCACCUUUGUCCAAGGACGCCGCAUCACGACACGCAGAAUCAUGGAGAACGGGCAGGAGCGGGUGGAAGUGGAAGAAGACGGACAGCUGAAGUCAGUCACAAUCAAUGGUGUCCCGGAUGACCUGGCGCUGGGCUUGGAGCUGAGCCGUCGAGAGCAGCAACAGGCUGUCGCCUCCAGGUCCGGGGGCACACGGGUCCGGCAGACUCCUGCCUCCCGCCCCUCUGACAGCGACCUCUCUGAGGAUGACGAGGACCUACAACUCGCCAUGGCCUACAGCCUGUCCGAGAUGGAGGCGGCUGGGAAGAAACCCGCAGAUGUGUUCUGAGCUGGAUGUCCGGGAUCCAGAGCCGCUGCACAGUUCCAACAGGACAGCGCCCUCCCCUGUGCGCUGGGAGGGGACCCACCAUUCCUCUCCCUCACCCAUGCUAAGCGCAGAGCUGGGCCUGGGUGGUGGGUGGGGGCCGGGUGGGAGGCAUCCUUAGUCUUAGCCUGUGAACUCUUCCCUGGGUGUUUGGUGCUGUCUCUUGGGGACUACAAGUCCCAGAAUGCAACACACCCUGCCUCAUUUCUGAUAGAUCAUGCUAGGGGAAUCGGUGAGUGUUUGUGGAGCUGUGCAUAUUGGGACAUGUAGUUCCAGCCCAGGUCAGCUUGUCACUCACUGUGAGAAGGGGAGAUCUUGUCAUCUGAUUGGACUCUGGCGGGGGUGGUAAGAAUGUGGAUGAAGGGGUAGUGGACCAAGCUUCGGUUCCCCUGACACGGCUUGCUAGCCCCUGGCUUAGAGUGUACAAAUGAAAACCCUGCAGCAUCUGGGAGAGGCUCUUUUCCUCUGCGCAGUGGGAUCCGAUGGG